GUGGAGGAGACACCGCCAGUUGCUGCCAUGACAAGCAGCAUGUGAAGAUGCCGACUCAAGCCUGAGGUCAACAGCUACUCAAAAUGUUAUGUAGGAAAAGAAGUUCAAGGAUGAGAUUUGUAAAGCAUCAAACAUUGAAGCAAUAUUUCCAGAGUCCAUCAUUAAUGCAUACUGCGGCAGGACACAUAGCAUAGAGCAGCUAACAGAUUUUGGGAGAGUUCAUCAGAGUGAGCAAGCCACUGUGUCUGGGCAGAUCAUUCCUUUGAGUAUGUCAAGAUCCAGUCCUUUCUGGGCCACUUCCAAAAUCCCAACAGCAGGAAGCCUGUGUUUGCCACUGUUCCAGCUGGUGCUCUCAGAUCUAUCGUGUGAAGAAAAUGAAAUGUGUGUAAACUAUGAUAACCAACAUCCUGAUGGCUGGUAUAUCUGGUUCCUACUGCUGAUUUUCUUGGCGGUUCUCCUCUGUGGAGUUGUGCUUCUCUGUCUCCAGUGCUGGCUGAAAAGGUGCCGAACUGACUCUCCCAGACGCACCGUGGCUGUUUUUGCUGUUGGAGACUUGGAUCUCAUUUAUGGUACAGAAAUGGCUGGAAGUCCAACGGCUGGAAUCUGCCUUCCUACACCAAACACUGAACUGUGCCAGGCUCCAUGUUUUGGUGCCUUAGGUCCUCCACCUCCAUAUGAAGAAGCUCCCAAAACAAGCUGAUUGUAGCCAGGAUCAACAGUGGAACACAUUAGAAAUAUUUGUAAAUAGAGACAACGAGUUUUAGGCAAAUUCUAUGGCUUAGUGGAAAUUCAUGGAGUCUCUUACAGAGUCUGAACAUACUAGCAAACAAAUGAGUGGAUGGAAGGGGGGAAAAUGGCCGUAGUGAUGUUUUGACAGUGAAUUCGUGGACUCUGUAACAAUGCUUCCUUACACGUUUAGACUAGACAACAACCACAUUUUCUUUGCUAAGAAGGCAGCAAUAGGUGCUAGGAAUCAUGUACAUUAAUUAAGCUUCCCACUGCCUUCCACAGCAUAUCAUUUGAUGCUCCAACAUCUCCAUCUUCACCAAGCCUCUAAUAGAGUCAGUGAAAAUAAAUAAAUCCAGAAAUAAUUUGACAAUGGCUCGAGCAUAGAUUCAGGUGUGACUAGAGGAAGAAUAUUGGGUUAAAGCCGAAAUGAGAGAAUGGGAAGAAAGCAUUGCAUUUGAAGUUGGCCGAGGAGAACAAAUGGAAAUUAAGAGGAAAGACUGCAAGACUCAACACAGGAAGUUCUGCUCCCCAGCUGGAGAACAGAGACCGUGUACCUAGAAGCAGAAGACUGCCUAAGACAUAAGCUGUGGGUAAUGGUGACAUGGGGAGAGAAGGGGAAGGGUGUCAUUGUCCUUGGGGAAUGUGAACUCCAGAGCCCACUCUUUCCUGGGUCCCUUAGGAUUUGCAGCAGAAUAGAAAGAAACUUUGUUAUAGAUGCCUUUUGCUGCUUGAGGACUGACAGAAGAAGUAGCAACUUGAAAUUUCUAAGCAUCAUUUGGCAGAGGCAGGGAAAAAAAAAAAAAUCCAUGCCAGAUUCCACACUAGCUGAAUACAGACAGUGAAUUUGUUUCAUAAAACAAUUGACCUACCCACUUGAUUGUCAAUCUAACUUGACUAAACCUAACUCCAAUCUUUUCUCAAAAUUGCUUUGUGAGAGUGUUUCCAACCUUCCUAUAGCUCAGCCAAGGACUUGUGUUACUUCAUAUAACUGUGUUGUCUGAAAGUCUUCUUGACCCUAGUUUUAGAAUUUCCAGACUCUGAAGGUUUCCUACUUAGCACAUCUCCGGUAUGAACCACCUCUGUAGGUCCUUGCGGGAGUCCUACAAUUGAUCUAAACUGGUCCAGGAGCCCCACGUUUGUUCUCGGGUAUCCUAUUGACCACACAGUAGCCAGGAAACUCGUUCAAAGUUUUAGAACAGUUUUAGAUUUGCGUACAUACUGAGGAGAAAGUGGAGAUAUUUCCCAUAUUCCCUGUACUCACACAUGUACAGGGUCUCAUAGUAUUGCACCCUUCACCUGAUGAUGCCACAUUGACACGUCAUCAUCAUGAAAUAUUGUAGCACGAAUAUUAAAAGGUCUUAUUAAUAAAAACAAA